GAUCGCUUGGAAGUUGGCUUCCGGAAAUCCGUCUAGAUCUGAAGUUUCAAUUACACCAGCGAUUUAUUUUUCAUCUAAACAUCUUCAUUAUGUAAUUUCGUGGGUUUUUCUUUUUGCUACUGAACCCUAACUUUCUUCUAGCUCUGAGGAAAGGUUUUCGUUUGCGGAAACUCUAUUGCAUUAUAAUCAAUCUGCAACAUUUUGAAUUCGCUCGUUGCAUCAUGUCACAAAGCUAAAGUCUGUAAUUCCUCCAGUGCUGGAAGAGGAGGCUUUGGUUCUGCUACCACGUGCCUUUGAUUCUCCUCAGAUGUUUUUGAGCCCAUCUUUGGAGAAGUUGAAAGUUUGGCUAUUAGUUGAUUUACUUGUUGGAUUUUGGAGCUCUAAAGAAGUAUGAGGAAAAAUGGCAGUGCCCACUCUGGAAGGCCUUUUAGUGAUAGAAGAUGGCUUCUUCCAUUCUUAGCAAGCUUGUUGGUUUCUGUUACUUUACUUUUGGCAACAUUAUCCGGGCUUUUCUCCCCUCAUUAUAGUGAGGAUUCUAUGACUCCAGAUAUUGUAUUGUUCACUGGUAUGGAUAAUUCUGAUUGGAAUUCGAUUGAUUUGGAAAAUAGUAAGGAUGUAGAGAGGCAUUCUCUUGUGGAAAUUGAAGCACCGCGGAUAGCUUAUCUUCUAACUGGAACGAAGGGUGACAGUCAAAGAAUGAGGAGGACACUACAAGCUAUAUAUCAUCCAAGAAAUCAGUAUAUUCUUCAUCUAGAUCUUGAAGCUCCACCGAGGGAAAGGAUUGAGUUGGCAAUGUAUGUUAAAGGUGAUUCAGUGUUCAGUGUGAUCGACAAUGUGCGCGUUAUUGCAAAAGGAAAUCUAGUGACUUACAGGGGUCCGACGAUGAUUGCAUGUACUCUUCAUGCCAUUGCAAUCUUAUUGAAAGAGAACUUGAAAUGGGAUUGGUUCAUCAACCUUAGUGCUUCUGAUUAUCCUCUAAUGACACAAGAUGACAUACUCCAUGUUUUUUCUUCUGUACCUAGAGACCUCAAUUUUAUUGAACACUCUCAGAGCACAGGCUGGAAAGUGAACCAGAGAGCAAAGCCAAUCAUCAUUGAUCCUGGGUUGUACUUGUCAAAGAAGUUUGAUGUUGUUGUCACUAGUGAACGGCGAGAGUUACCGACAUCUUUCAAAUUGUUCACAGGAUCUGCAUGGGUGAUGCUUUCCAGGGCCUUCCUCGAGUAUUGCAUCUGGGGUUGGGAAAGCCUUCCUAGAACCAUCCUCAUGUACUACGUCAACUUCAUCUCCUCUCCUGAAGGUUAUUUUCAUACUGUCAUCUGCAAUUCCGACGACUUCCGUAACACUACCGUCGGCCACGACCUUCAUUACAUUGCUUGGGACAACCCUCCAAAGCAGCACCCCCGCACUCUCUCCAGAAAGGAUUUUAAUGACAUGGUGAAGAGUGGUGCCCCCUUUGCUAGAAAAUUUCCCAAGGAUGAUCCGGUCCUCGACAAGAUUGAUCAUGAGCUUCUCGGACGAUCUGAAGGGAAGUUCACUCCAGGUGCAUGGUGCAGUGGCAAUGGAGAUGAUGGAGAGGAUCCUUGCUUAUCAAGGGGAAAUGAUUCAUUUUUUCAGCCUGGACCAGGUUCUGAGAGGUUAAGGGAGUUGAUAAAUAAGAUAACAUCAAAAGAAUUUAGAAGUGGGAGUUGCUCUUCCCUGCGAUAUGAUCAGAGUAAGAGGCAAUGGUCUGGUACUUGAUAUUCUCUGAAGGAACUUACAGUUUUGUUACAGCAUUGAAGAUGAAGGAAAGAUGAUGGGAUCUCAUUGGACCAAGAGACGUUGCAAUGAGGAAGUAUCAUGGUGGGACGAGGAAGUUGUGAUGGGAUCUUCAUGAAAAGAGUCAUGAGAAGAUCUCGUCGGGAAGGUUUGCAGCAGGAUGAGGUUGGGGAUGGGGAUUUAAGAGCCUGGCGGCGUGUGCGGUGGGAAAGGGUGAUGGGAUUGGCUGCGGCAAUGGAGAAGAUAAGAAGGGUGUUACUUUUAUGUUAUUUAAAACAUUAGCCGUUAUGUGGUUAAAUAUUGUAUUUAAGUCUAAAAUGUGUAAAUGAGAGUUUUACAUGUUAUGUAUGAAAA